CUGGCUUCCUUUUUAUAAAAGAGCGUAAACUAGUCGGCGGACAAAGAUGAGCCUGGUCGUUUCUCAACAACAGGCUGAUGAGCUCCCAGCUGUGGCCCAAACAGCAGCAGAGAGUGAUUCAGACAGCGGGGUGGGCUCUCCAGCAGAGGAGAUGGUCCCGGAGACAACCAACAAAAGAGAAGAGCUUCCAGAUUCUGAUGAGGAUGAAGACAUCACGGCUCACAGAAAACCUCGCCGUAAUGCCAUUAGAGACAGUGACAGCGAAGAGGAGGCAGCUGCAGAGAACAGUGUCCACAUGGCUCAAGCGCUGGUCUUAUCUGCUUCCAGCGGAGAGGAGAUGGAGACGGGAGAAGCAGAAGAGAAGAAUGAGAGGCAAGAGAAAGGGCCGCUGAAGAGCAAGAGAAUAAGCCGUGCACCGAUUGACAGCGAAAGCAGUGAGCCUGAGCAAGGGAAAAGUGGGGAAAUGGAGGAGCAACAGGAGGAGGUGAAAGGGGAAGCAAAAUCAAAGGAACGGAAGAAGAGAGAGAAGAGCCAGAGGCAUCGGGAGAAAAAGGAGAAACGUAGCAAAGCGGUGGAAAAGCUGAAGAAGAAAGAGAGGUUCUCUGAAAUGAAUGAGGACACACCGCUGCCUCAGUCUCUGAAUGACAGUGGGUGUCCACUGGGUGACACAGACCUGUUUGACACUGGUCUGGAUGAUGAGGAGGAAGAGGAAGAAGAGUCUCUGGAUGCCAUCCGAGCUGCAGUCAAGCACAAGAUGAAGAAACAUAAGGAACCUCUCUUGAAUGAAGACGAAGAAGAUGAUGAGGAGGCACCAGAGAGACCGCAGCGUGUGGAGAGGAAAGCUGCACGUGCCAGCAAAGAGGCAAUGAAACAACUCCACAGUGAGUCUCAGAGGCUGGUCAGAGAGUCCACACUCGGCCUGCCCUACCACAUCCCUGAGCCCAAGACCAUUGACCAGUUCUUUAAGAAGAGAGCCAGGCCGGACGGUCCUGCCAUGGCACUGUUGAAAUCUACAAAGUACUCUGCCAUGAUGUUGGAGACACCAUCAGCUCCUCCACCCCCUGUAAACCCAUCCAGUGAGCCCCAACAGCCAUCCACAGAGCAGGACUCUUCUCCGUCUCUGGAUCACCCAUGUGCACAGAUCCAGCCCUUACCACAUCCUGCCGCCACCUCAUCCCCACAGAAGGAGAGCCUCAACCAGGCCGGAGAAGCAACUGCAAGCCUAGACUCCAACCAGGAAUCUGGUCCGAUGCUUUACCUCUCUGAGAGUCUGCAGGAGUCAGUCACAGCAGAUGUAUUAGUAAAAACUGCUUCUGACUCUGAGGAGGAAACCUCUGCUGCCCCCUUAGAGCAAAGCCAGACUGCAGUAAUGUCUGACUCUGUAGCCCUGCAAAAAGAGCCCGUGUCCGCUCAGUGUGGGAGCACUGAUUCAGCUGCAGCAGAGGCUUCAGUUCACCAAACCACCAAGCCCAAGAAGGACAAACUGGCCAGACUGAAGGAGCUUGGGCUGCACCCCCCACCUGUUGCUAAAUUGUGUCCAGACGAUGGAGCCUUUGUUCAGCUCGAGCCUCAACAGCUCAACCCUGGUGUGGUGGCCCUGAGGGAGCGUUACCUUCGUCAUGUCCAGGCCCCCGUAAGGCCCCAAGGAGAGCGCACAAUGCAGCUCAACAUCAUCCGCAAAGACAGCACCCCGUCUGGCCAGGAAGAGUUGCACACGGAGUCGGUCACUGUCACUGUUAAGGAGGGGGUAGAUGAGCCAGUGCCCACCAAACCUGGAGAGAAGCUGCUGACUCUGAAGCAGCGUCUGCAACUCGCCAUGGCCCAACGGAGAAAGGAGGAGCGGGCACGCAGGGCCGAGCUGAUUCGCCUUGACAAUGAAAACUGUGGAGAGGAAGAAGAGGAGGAGGAAGAACUGACAGAUGAGUCAGAUGAAGAAGAGGGUGUAGACGACCUACUGGGAGGUGGGGAGGAAGGAAAGGAGGAUGAGGCAGAAGAGGAGGAAGGCAGUGUAGCUCAGAGUAUCAGGAGCCCUUCUCCCGUGGCACUGACUGGACCCUCGCCAACUCCUGACCUUGUUAACACAGAUGGCACACUCAUGCUGUUCCCCGGCAACUCCUGCUCUCGCACUGGCGAUGGUGUAAGAAGGUCUGGUCCCUCUGGGCAGGACAGCAGUAAUAAAAUGGAAGAGGACGACUCUCUGUCCCUGGUGAAGGACAACAGCCACAACAGCAGCUUUGAGCUCGCAGGAUCCAUGAUUACCUCUUACCAGCCUGUCAAUCAUCAGCGCUCCACAGGAAGAGGUGUCUCCAACUCCUCCAUGUUCCGCUCCCCUUCUCCCUGCCUCUUCAGGCCCAGCUUCCUCGGCUCGGCCUCUAAGAGUUCAGGAAAACUCUCCGAGCCCUCUCUCUGCCUCCCUGUUGAGGACUCCCAAGACCUCUACGCGCCUCCAUCCCCAGGUGCUGACUCAGGGCCCCUGGGUGGAGCGGCUUCUGGCCCUGGCCUGGGAGGAGACUCCCAAGGUCGCUUCUCCUUGGAGGACGACGCCCAUUCCCAGUUACUCGAUGCGGACGGCUUCCUUAACGUGGGGCCUCGCCCCGGUGCGCCUCGCUCCCACAAGAGACAGUUAAUCCUGGACAGCCUGGAUGAAAAUGCAAUGGAUGCCAACAUGGGGGAGCUGUUAGGGUUGUGCUCGGGUGUUUUCGGGACAGCAGAGAGCGGCUCCAGUCGGGGCGGAGGCCUUGGAUCAACACAGGAGGAUGAGCUGCUUGGGUUGUGCUCUGGAGCGUUUCCACCAACACAAGCAGGAGAGGAGCUGACAGAAACCGACAAGAGUAAAGAGGGAGGACGGGAUGAAGAGUCUGACAACACCAUGGAUCAGCUGCUGGGGCUGUGCUCGGGAAAAUUUCCUAGUCCAGGUUCUGCUCACACAACUUCACCAGCACAAGAAAGUAAAAAGAAGAAAGAGGAGGAAGAGCAGCAGCAGCAGCAGGAGGAGGAGGAGGAGGAGGAAGAGGAAGAGGACUGCGAGUUCCGGCUCCUGUCAGAUGUAGAGAGUGAGAAGGAGGACGAUGAUGAAGAUGGUGUGGAGGAGAACGAGGAGCACCAAGAUGGAGGGGAAGAGUCUGAAGCUGGUGAGGAAGAGCUCAAUGAUGUAGAGGAGGAAGAGAUGCAGGGUGUGUUUGCGCCACACCGGGUCAAGAAAAAGAAGAAAAUGCGUCUGGCUGACUACCUGGAAUCAGAGGCUGAGCUGUCGGGGAGUGACAUGGGCAGCGACGACGAGGACGAUGACAGAGGGAGCGAAUACGAGGAAGAGGAGCUUCUUGAAGAGCUUCCCUCGGAUGAAGAGCUGCAGGACCAGGUCAACAAGAUCCACAUGAAGCAGAUAAUGGAUGAUGACAAGCGUCGUCUGAGGCUCUACCAGGAGCGCUACCUCGCUGAUGGCGACCUGCACUCUGACGGCCCGGGACGAGCUCGUCGCUUCCGCUGGAAAAACAUUGAUGAUGGUUUCAACAUGGAGAGGACGGGAGCGGAGGGUGAGGAACAGGAGGAGGAAGACGAAGAUGUCGACCAGAGUGAGAUCCAGAGGAGGAAAGAGAGACUGGAGAGAGAACAGUGGCUCAGAGAACAAUCCGAACAGAAAGCCAAGAAAGGGGAAGAUCUGGAUGCAGACGAUGAGAGGAUUGGAGAGGAAGACAGUCAUUUCAUGAAGCUGGCCAAGAAACUGACUGCCAAGACUCUGCAGAGAAAAGAGCCCCCCGUGGCACCACAGCCAGAACAGAAGACAUCAUCGGCUCUCAAUCCCUUCCAGAGACCCUCACAGCCCUUACAGGUGAGGAGAGGUUCACUACUGAGUCAGCCUCACUCCGUCCUGCAGAAACUGGCUUCAAUCUCAGAGGGGAAUCCUCUGGCGCCCAGAAACAGCCGUGGAUUCUUGUUUCAGACUCUCUCUCCUGAGAAGGACAACGCCACCUCAAAGGCUCCUCAGAACCAGAUGAUGAAGAAGAGGAGGCAGGUGGAGGCUGUGAACCCAGCAGCCAAGAGGGUCUGCGGGGAGAACAAAACUGCUGGACAGACUAAAGGCCUCCAGAGGAGCAUCUUCAACUUCCUGGACCAUUGAGGAUGCAGUACACUAAGUCAAUGAUAAUCUACAGCUAAGCUGGUAAGGGCCAGAACUUAGGAGCCACAUCCAGCUAUUUCCCCAGCCAGUGACACUUGGAAAUUAGAUAUGGUCAUGUGUGUGUUUACAUGUUUACAUUGCCUUAAAAUGGCAAACUAAAGAACACCAGUGAAGCAUCUUUUCAUGUUUCACUUGGUGAACUUUGUCUUACACACACUCCAUUAGCAGCGUUGAUCUGUCACAUCGUAUUCAACUUAAACUGAUUUAUGUUUGUCCAUUUAAAUAGUUUUAUUGUGUAAAUAGGAAUGGGUUUUUUUUUUUUAGUUUUUAA